UUCAAAUUUCAUUUAUUAUUUAUUUUAUAAGGAUAAGAAAAAGAAUAAGCCCAUGUAACAUGGCUCCAAUUAAAAAGAUAGCUAAACUGGCACCUCGUUACAAGAUAAAAUAUAGACAGCCGUCGACCACGCUGUUCUUGCAGAAGAUUCGACAGUGACGCGUUAUUGGAAAUUUCGGCACGAAUGUAAACAAGUACUCGCGAUCCAUACGAGAGAUCCAUAAGAGAGUUUUUUAAAGACGUUUUUAGACGUCAAAAGCAAUCGCUACUUACAGAUUAUUUUCUUGAAUGAAUUAAUAAAAAAAACUCAAAUUGAAGCAUACAAAAUAACUGGGAUUAUUGAGCAUAAUGGAAACGGUGAAUAUGGACGACUGCUGUCUACGCGGUUUUGUGAAAGAUGAAUGUCAUAAGGAUACCUAUCGAGCACACCAAAGUACGCACAAAGUUAGUACAUUGCCGGAGGAAGAGAUGAAACUUCUGUACUCGAGAGUACCUGGGUUACAAGAAAUUGAAGAAAAGUCAAUAUGUGAUUACCAUUACAGGAAAUAUAUUACUUAUUAUUCGGCAAAUUAUUCCAAAUGUUGUGAUCCGUGGAAGAACCAUAAAAAAAAUAUAACACAAUAUUUGAGAAUAAUUGAUCUGGACUUUUCGGAGAAAGUCAAGCAAGCAUGCAACAUCAAUAUUGUACCUGGUCAAAAAUUUUGUUCCAAUUGUCAGAAAAGGCUCUCUGUUAUCGUUGAAAAGUUUGAAAUUGAUAGGAUGUUUUGCAUAGAUCCAUUUCAAAGACAUAGAAGCAUGAUUGACGAUGAUCUUCGUAAUUUGACUAGAGAGUAUAUAGAUCAUUUGAAAGAAAACCACGAUUUAAAUUUGACCGUAGAGCAUAAAGUUUGCCGUAAUUGCCGUUCCUCGCUAAAUUAUGAAAUUAGAGGUUCUCAGCAAUCUUCAACGGCAAAAGAAGAAGAUUUAGAAGAAGAUUCGUCUUCAACCGAAUCCUCGGCUUCUUCCACGACAUCUUCAGAAGAUUCAGUAUCAACGGCAUCCUCGGAUUCUCCUCCACCAAAUAAAACCAAUUCGCGAAAAACAAAUAAGGUAUCAAAUAAAAAAAAAUGUACUAAAAGUUCGUCAACGCCAGCAUUAGAGUUGAGCACUCGAAAGCGACAUCUUAAAGACAUAUUCGACGUUUUUGAUAUUGCUCCGGUGAAACGUCCAAGAGUGGCCGAUAAACGUUUGCUUCAAAAAGGUUUGAAGAUCAUUCAGAAAGUCGCUAGUCAGGUAUCGGAAACUUUUCAAGACGUUUAUAAUGUAAGAAUGCCAAAAUUGGAUCGUAUUUACCAAUGGCAUAACGAAAGUAUCUGGUUGAAGAAGAUGAUAAGAAAUAUGCAAAUCAAGUAUCGCGUUUCUUCCUACAAUGAGAGGAUAUCGUUAUUAACUUUUUUACCCGAUGAUUGGAACUUGGAACAGAUAAAUGAAUACUUUCAUUGCUCGGAGGACAUGGUCAGCGAGGCUAAUAAAUUGAGACAAAGUAUUGGUAAAAGUAAGAAAAAGAAUUGAGGACGUAUGAUUUCAACAAUAUCUUCGGGUGACAUCUCACCAUUCUACAAAGACUCAAAGCGACUGUUACUCUUAAUAUAAUUAAUCAAAAAAAUAGAUAUAAAUACUGGUGCCUUGACAAUGGAUUUUGAGGAAAAUUUUCCAUUUUUAUCUCAAAACUCUACUCUCGACUAAAACUUUAUCAAUAAUAGUGACACGCGACUCACAUCAAUGCAGAAAACUAAGAGACAAUGAUAUAAAGAAAUAUUGCUCUGAUCGUCAAGCUAUUGAUAUAGUACUAUACUUGAUUAAAUAAAAACAUCAAGUUUAUGCAUAAAAAGAAUUAUUUACUUCUCUGAUCUUAUAACAUCAGUUUUAAAAAAGUAAGUUUAUUCUAACUUCAUACGUACGGUUUUUCAAUUAUAUCAUAUCUUCCCAACAAUAUCUAUAUUACAGAAAUCACCAAGUAAAUGUUAGUCAGUGUGAGAUUGAUUUUUCUUUGAAAAUAAAAGUUUAUCAAUUUCAUUUCGACACCGCAUGAAAAAAGAUGCAAUGGUAUUGGAAUAAGAUGUGCAGCUUAAAAAGCUUCCUAACACUGCGCAAUGAUUCUCAAUGUUAAGUACUACCAAGAUGAAAUUGAAAUAGUCUUG